CCCGGCCGUCGCUCUGCCUUCGCUUUAGUCGUGCUUCGACUGCGGCGCCAAGAACCCGAGCUGGGCCAGCAUCACCUACGGGGUCUUCCUGUGCAUCGACUGCUCCGGCGUCCACAGGUCCCUGGGCGUGCACCUCAGCUUCAUCAGGUCCACAGAGUUGGAUUCUAACUGGAACUGGUUCCAGCUGAGGUGUAUGCAAGUGGGCAGCAAUGCCAACGCGACUGCUUUCUUCCGCCAGCACGGCUGUACUACCACAGAUGCCAAUGCUAAGUAUAAUAGUCGAGCUGCCCAGAUGUACAGGGAGAAGAUCCGGCAGCUGGCAAGUGCUGCCAUGGCCAAGUAUGGCACUGAUCUGCUUAUAGAUGGACUGAGUGGAGCCCCUGGGCACUCCCCUGACAAGAGUGAUGCUGAUUUCUUCAUGGAGCACACACAGUCUUCCAGUACCUGGGAUGUAGCAGAUGGCAGCCAGAAUCCUGCACAGUCUUCCCCAGAGGUGGAAAAAGCAGCGAAGUCAUCAGAAGGCAGUGAAGUGUCGAAUUCCAGCCAAGGCCCAUCUAUUGACUUGUUGAGUACAUCUCCUAAAGCUCCUCUAGAACUUAAAUCCUCCCUCAUUGGAAAGAAGAAGCCAGGAGCUGCCAAGAAAGGGUUGGGUGCAAAAAAAGGUCUUGGAGCCCAGAAAGUGAGCAGCCAGAGCUUCAGUGAGAUUGAGCGGCAAGCCCAGGUGGCAGAGCAGCUGAGGGAGCAGCAGGCAGUGGAAUCCAGGAAACAAGCUGAGGAGUCCAUAGUCACCUCAAUGCGACUGGCUUAUCAGGAACUGCAGCUCUUUUUGAAGAAGGAAGAGAAGAAACUUCAGAACCUUGAAGGGAAGAAGCGUGAACAAGCAGAGAGGCUGGGCAUGGGCUUGGUGUCCAGAAGUUCUGUUUCGCACUCGGUGAUGUCUGAGAUGCAAGUAAUUGAGCAAGAGACGCCGCUGGCUGCAAAAUCUUCCCGCUCCCAACUGGACUUGUUUGAAGAUGCUGGAGGCUUCGCAGCUGGACCCCCCAAGUACAAAUAUAGUCCCUUCUCAUUCGAAGACGCAUUUGGCUCACGAUGGGAAACGGACUCUUCAUGGGGUAUGGACAAAGAGGAGGAACCCGAGGUGACCAUUUCCAGUAUUCGGCCAGUUUCAGAGAGGCCCCCCAGUAGGCGGGAGACGGAGAACAGGACAUCAGUUGUGGAAUCCAAUGAAGCUCGGCAGAAAUUUGCAGGGGCUAAAGCCAUCUCUUCAGAUAUGUUCUUCGGGCGGGAGGCAGAUGCUGAGUAUGAAGCCAGGUCCCGACUGCAGCAGCUCUCGGGCAGCAGUGCCAUCAGCUCUGCGGACCUGUUUGGAGAGGCUGAGAAUGCGCACUCAGGUGGUGUCUCAAUUGGAAAUGUCCUGCCUACAGCUGACAUUGCACAGUUCAAGCAAGGAGUGAAAUCAGUUGCUGGCAAGAUGGCCGUCCUAGCCAAUGGGGUGAUGAACUCCCUCCAGGAUCGUUAUGGCUCAUAUUGAUGACGCAGGGACUGCAACUCACAGGGAAGCCAGCAAGAGGCACUGAUGCCACCUUUGCCUGGAGUAAACUCUGCAGGAUUGUCUUAGUUUGUCUGGGGCGGGUGGGGAGGGGAGAAGGUAAGCAGAGGGGGUCAGGACAUGGCUGUGCCCAGGAUGCUUUCCAAAUAUCUCUGGAUUCCACUCUAUUAAAAUUCAAUGUGCCCUCAUAGCCACUGCUAUCUACUAGCCAGUGGAGACAGGCCUUCUUACAGGAUUAACCUCACUGCUGUAAAAGAGAUGACAGGAAAUCCUGGGCUGCCCUCAUCAGUGCUCCUGUCCUUCUUGGCCCAUACCUUAGCUCACCAAGUGAUAGAGGAAAGGGGAAUGCUAUUUUUCUGAACAUCGUGUUACCUGGUUCCCACGGACAUGACUGGUUUUUUUUGUUCUGCUCUGUGCUCCUGAUCCAUGGUGCUGUGGAGUCCUCUGUGUUUGCAGGGUCUGACUUUUACCAUGGCAUAAUCUUUUUUACUGUCUUGUAAACCAGCAUAUAUUGGUGCAGGAGAAAAAAAUCAAAGCGAAGAUUAUUUUUUUAGCUUCUAAUUACAUCAUCAGCAAAAAAGGCCCAGGUAAAGAAAUACUGUAAAGAUAUUUACUG